CUUUUUCCGGCAUCCGGGCCUGAAGGGGCUGCUCUGAAAACGGGCGAGCAGCAUGGAGGCCCACGGCGAAUUCCAGUCCGACACGAGUUGUUCGUCGUUUUCCCGGGACGGCUCCGGGGUCUCGGUGUCCAGGGAGCUGCUGAGAGCUGGCAGCGGCGGCCGCGGAGGUAUAUGGGACAGGUUGCUCAUCAACUCCAAGCCUAAUUCCAGAAAGAAUUCCACUCUUCAAACAGUUCGGAUAGAGAGGAGUCCCCUAUUGGACCAAGUACAGAGCUUUCUCCCACAGAUGGCUCAAGCAAACGAAAAGCUAAGGAAAGAAAUGGCAGCUGCACCACCUGGUCAUUUCAAUAUUGAAAAUAUUGAUGAGACUCUUGGAAAAGUUAUACAAAUGGAUGUGGCCUUGUUUGAGCUGAAUCAGUCUGAUUCCAGAGAAGAGGACAGUUCAGAAGAGAAUUCACAAGCCAGUUCAGAGGACAGCUCAGAAUCUGAGGAUGAAGAUGAUAGCACCUCUUCUGAAGGUGAAGUCACCAUCGAUACCAUUAAGCUUCCUCAUUCGGAAGAUGGAAAAGGCAAAAUAGAGGUUCUGGACCGUCCUGCCAGUGAAGAAAAAGAAACACGGACAUAAACAAUCUGAGAAACAGCCUACGACAUCUUGUAAAUACUCUGAAGAUAAUUCUCCAAGUUCCUUCUGGUAUUUUUCAUUGAGAAUUGGAAAUUGACUGUGCGCUCAAUAUGCAGAAGUGAACAGAUCUGGAAACGAGACUUCUCAGCUGCAAAGGGUAUUAUGCUGUACUUUGUAGCACCAAACACAGCUGUGAUGAAUUAUUGGUGUGAAUAUUUAAGGAUUGUCUUCUACCAGAUAAUAUUUAUGCCACAUUAUGGGAAGAGUUGCAUUUGUCUGGUUCACUCCUUAGCUUGGUGCAUGGUACACAGUAGGCACCGAAUGAUGUAGAUAAAUGAAUUUACAGGUAUACUGAGGAUGUACAGGGCAUUUUAAGCCAUUGUAUCCAUGCGGAUAUGAAAGUGUAACUUCACCGGAAAUACAAAGCCAAGUAGAAAUAGUCUGAUGGUCAGUGAAAGAGACUAGUCAGUCUAGAAAUACAUUUGUAUAGA